CCGGCCCGCGCGCCCCCGCUGCCGAGGCUCCCGCAGGGGUGAGCGCACGUGGGCGCCGAGCGCGGGGCCGCGCGCCCACCAUGAACGCCAGCGGCCCGGGCUACCCGCUUGCCUCGCUCUACGUGGGCGACCUGCACCCCGACGUGACCGAGGCCAUGCUCUAUGAGAAGUUCUCGCCCGCCGGCCCCAUCCUGUCCAUCCGCGUGUGCCGCGACGUGGCCACCCGCCGCUCGCUGGGCUACGCCUACAUCAACUUCCAGCAGCCUGCAGACGCGGAGAGGGCACUGGACACAAUGAACUUCGAGGUGAUCAAAGGCCAGCCCAUCCGCAUCAUGUGGUCCCAGAGAGACCCAGGACUUCGCAAAUCGGGUGUGGGCAACAUCUUCAUCAAGAACCUGGAGGACUCCAUUGACAACAAGGCCUUGUACGACACCUUCUCCACCUUUGGGAACAUCCUCUCUUGCAAGGUGGUGUGUGAUGAUCAUGGCUCCCGAGGCUUCGGCUUUGUGCAUUUUGAGACCCAUGAGGCUGCGCAGAACGCCAUCAGCACCAUGAACGGGAUGCUGCUGAAUGACCGCAAAGUCUUCGUUGGCCACUUCAAGUCCCGACGGGAGCGGGAGGCAGAGCUGGGAGCUCGGGCCAUGGAGUUCACCAACAUCUAUGUGAAGAACCUCCACGUGGAUGUGGACGAGCAGUGCCUGCAGGACCUCUUCUCCCAGUUUGGGAAGAUGCUGAGUGUCAAGGUGAUGAGGGAUGACAGCGGCCACUCCCGCGGUUUUGGCUUUGUCAACUUUGAGACGCAUGAGGAAGCCCAGAAGGCCGUGACGGACAUGAACGGGAGGGAGGUGAGUGGGAGGCUGCUCUAUGUGGGCCGGGCCCAGAAGCGGGUGGAACGGCAGAAUGAGUUGAAGCGCAGGUUUGAGCAGAUGAAGCAGGACCGGCUAACACGUUACCAGGGCGUGAACCUGUAUGUGAAGAACCUGGAUGACUCCAUUGAUGAUGAGAAACUGAGGAAAGAGUUCUCUCCCUAUGGAGUGAUCACCAGUGCCAAGGUGAUGACACAGGGUAGCCACAGCAAAGGGUUUGGCUUUGUGUGUUUUUCCUCUCCAGAAGAGGCGACGAAGGCCGUGACAGAGAUGAAUGGGCGCAUCGUGGGCACCAAGCCACUGUACGUGGCACUGGCCCAGCGCAAGGAAGAGCGGAAGGCCAUCCUGACCAACCAGUACAUGCAACGCCUAUCCACCGUGAGGGCCCUGGGCGGCCCCCUCCUGGGCUCCUUCCAGCAGCCUGCCAGCUACUUCCUGCCUGCUGUGCCCCAGCCUCCGGCCCAGGCCCCGUACUAUGGCUCUGGCGCACCUGUCCAGCCUGCCCCCAGGUGGACGGCCCAGCCACCCAGACCCUCGUCUGCCUACCUGCCGGCUGGCUCGGUGGUCCGGCCAGCAGCCGUGUCCCGGCGCCCCUCGGCUCCCGUCGGCAGUGCCAGGCCGCUCUCCGCGCAUGUGCCACGCCUGGUGCCUCACAGCCAGGGAGUGGCCAACAUCGGUACCCAGACCACAGGCCCCGGUAUGGCGGGAUGCUCUUCACCAAGCGGGCCUCUCCUGACACACAGAUGUUCCUUGGCAGCACACAACACCCACAGGGUCCAGGAGCCUGCCGUGCGUGUCCCCGGACAGGAGCCCCUGACCGUGUCCAUGCUGGCCGCAGCACCGCUGCACAAGCAGAAGCAGAUGAUCGGUGAGCGUCUCUACCCCCUUAUCUACAAUGUCCACACCCAGCUGGCUGGCAAGAUCACGGGCAUGCUGCUGGAGAUUGACAACUCGGAGCUGCUGCUCAUGCUGGAGUCCCCGGAGUCCCUCAAUGCCAAGGUCGAAGAGGCUCUGGCGGUGUUGCAGGCCCACCAGGCCACGGAGCAGAUGCGAGGGAACCUGUGCUGAGACCAGAAAAUGGAACUCUCACUCCCUUGGCUGACAAGAGAACAGCGUUUCCUGCUCUUGGCUCUAAGGCCUUGUGAACCGUAACUUCCCAAUUGGGCUGUAUCUGUACUUGAGCUUUUUGUGGAAUGAAGGCUGGUC